AUGGAAACUGGAAUAUAUAAUUCAUAUCAAUUAGAUAGUCGGUAUGAAAAUGCAUAUUGUCCUAUUUUAUGUCCUGAUGUGUUGAACACAACUGAAGCCAAUCUACCUCAUUUACGCACAUUACAAUUGCGACAAAUCGCCAUGAACAAUGUCAUUGUAUUGAUACAACAUGUAAAAUCAAUGUGUCAACUUAAAUCAUUGAUUUUGAUCAAUUGUAAUGUUAAAGAUAAGAAUGAACUUGUUGCAUUUAAAAGCUGUUUUACAAAUUUUAUGAUUCGUCUGCAUUGUCUUCGUUUCGUCCUUUAUUUACCCGGUGAAACCAAGCUUGAAAAUCCUGAUCUCUAUUGGUUUAAUUUAAGUCAUCAAACUGUUGAAUAUGUUAUCGAUAGAAUGAUGAUACUUUACACAGUUCCAUAUCCAUUAAACAGUCAAAGACAGGUAUACAAUCAUACGUUUGGACGGCAAGCAACAAUUAAUAAAAGUAUUGAUCAUAUUGAGUGGAUAGUUGAUCGCGAUCCUUUAUCUAUCGAUACUACUCUUACUCAUUUUCAACAUGUGAAUUCGCUUGUUUUUUCUGUUGAUAUUCAAGAAAUGAAUAUAAACAUCAAUUCUUGGCGUUUAUGUCUUCCAUUUUUACAUUCUCUCAAACUUAAUUUUGAUUCAAAUCCAAUCAAAUCUGGUUUAUCGUUUUAUCGAUCUACAACAUCGAAUUAUUAUCGUUGCUUUAUUCUGGAACAAUUUCGGAAAUGUGCCUCUGCCCUUGAGUGUUUGUCGCUAUACAUAUCUAACAUUGAACUUCUUCUCGAACACUCUUCAUCACCUUGGCCAUUCGUGUGGCAACUUAAUAUUUACAUAGAAUCGUAUCGGGACUUUCCAUCUGCAUGUUUCAUUAAACAAUUACCGACACACAAAGCUUUUCCUCAACUUCAAUAUCUUUCAUUUAAUGGGCGUGGUUAUUCACUUAAUCGACCGAAAUCACUUGCACUUCAGAUUCUCUCAUGUUUCGAUGCUCUCAUGUUUUCUUCAUCAAAAUUUAUCACAUUACAUGUGAAUAGAUUUUGUGCUUAUCAUCGAAGUCAGUCNAAUUCCAUUAUCAUUUGGAGCUAA